GGCAUCUAUAGGAAGAAUCAAUCAUCAUGGACCCAAAGAACCGCAUCAUAAUCGACACCGACCCAGGUGUCGAUGAUAUGCUCGCCCUGCUUCUCGCUCUCACGGCGCGUCCAGACGAGCUCGAGGUCGCCAUGAUAUCCGUCACCUAUGGAAACGUUCCUCUGCAGAGCUGUCUGCGGAACGUUGUGGCGUUGUUCCAUGUGCUGGAGAAGGAGAGCGCAUGGCGGAAACAGGCCGGCAGGCCUGAGGGGUAUGAGGCGCUGAGGCACUCCAAGCCUAUCGUGGCUGUUGGCGCUGAGCAUCCCUUGCAGGAUGAGAUCCUGGCGGCGGACCAUUUCCAUGGUGCCGAUGGAUUGCAUGGCGUCCACGAAGUUCAUCCUGAUCUCUCACCGGCAGACACAUGGAGGUCGCUAUUCGACCAGGAUGGCACACACGCGACAUCAGAUUCCGUGGACCUGCCAACAUACUCAUCUUAUUUCACAGCCUCCAGUGUGCCUGCACACAAGGAGAUACUUCGACUCCUGAAGGAGAGCCCCGAGGAUACUGUUACUAUUGUCGCCGUUGGUCCACUGACCAAUGUGGCACUAGCAGCAGCUGAGGACCCGGAGACCUUCUUGCGCGUCAAGGAGCUGGUUGUCAUGGGUGGAGCCGUACACGUGCCUGGCAACAUCACACCCGCCGCCGAAUUCAACUGCUACGCCGAUACCAUCGCCGCAGCACGUGUUUAUGCCCUCACGUCACCUAAGCCCUCCUCCACCAUGCCGUUGAUUCUUGAGGGUAAGCCCUUCCUUGGGCCGUACCCAGCUAGACUCCCUAGACAGCUCAAGCUCAGCCUCUUCCCUCUUGACAUCACCACCACGCACCUCCUCAGCAAGAGCUACUUCAGCGCCCAGAUUCAGCCACACAUCGACGCCGGAAGCCCCCUGGCCCGGUGGAUGGCCACUUUCAUGUUUGGUGCUUUCGACAAGAUCGCAUCCAUAGUCGGAGACAGUGUCAACCCGGGCUUCGACCUGAACGACCCGUUGUGUGUCUGGUACAUGCUGACGCGCGACGACCCGGCGUGGAAGGCGGUGCCGAAGCCCGAAGAUAUCAGGGUUGAGACUGGCGGCCAGUGGACGCUAGGCAUGCAUGUGAUCGAUCGCAGGGCCAUCAGCGAUCCGGAGGACGAGGAGGGGGGCAUUAUCAAGACGAGUCCCGAGGAUCCGUUGGAUGCCGUGGAGUUUGAUGAGGCGCCGGGUGAUCACAAGUCAUGGCGGGAUGUGACCAGGGGAAACAGAAUCAACAGGAUUGUUGGGUCGCCCGGUGAGGAGUUAUUUGAGAAGUUCUUGAUGCAGCGUAUGUUCGAAUAG